CAACCAUCAUUUUCUUCCGAUAAAGGAGACGUCUUUUCCGUUUCUUUUUUUUUUUGUCUUAGCCAAACCCUCCAGAGAGACAGACAGAGUGAAGAUUGAAGAACAAAAGGAGAGAUUUCAGAGAAGAUUUUACUCUGAUUUUGAUUUCAGAGAUCUUUGUCUUGAAGACGUAGCAUGUCCUAUUAUCGAAGGGUAGAAUUUGAUUACAUGGAUGAUGAGGGAGAGAUGGCUGAUGUUGUGGAUGACAUGGAUGAAGAGUACUAUGGCAGAGAUGAUGGAGAAGCAGAGCUAGAUGACUAUGAUAUGCUUACAAAGGCAAUUGAUAUAUCUUCUGCACAAGCUAGGAGAGGAACAGAUAUUCAGGGAAUCCCAUGGAACAGAUUGAAUAUAACAAGAGAGAAAUACAGGCAAACAAGGUUGGAACAGUACAAGAAUUAUGAGAAUGUCCCUUCAUCUGGGGAAGUUAUAGACAAGGCAUGCAAACCUAUGGAGAAGGGUGGAAACUACUAUGAAUUCCAUCACAAUACAAGGCUGGUGAAGCCUACUAUUCUGCAUUUCCAGCUCAGGAAUUUGGUUUGGGCCACUUCGAAACAUGAUGUAUAUCUGAUGUCAAACUAUUCAGUUAUUCACUGGUCCUCACUAUCUUGCAAUUCAUCGGAGGUCCUUAACUUUUCGGGACAUGUGGCACCGACUGAGAAAUAUUCGGGAAGUUUAUUAGAAGGUUUUACGCAGACCCAGAUCAGCACACUAGCUGUCAAGGACAAUUAUCUGGUUGCAGGGGGUUUCCAAGGAGAACUUACUUGUAAGCGUUUGGAUCGAUGGGGAGUGAGCUUCUGUACACGGACAACAUAUGAUGACAAUGCUAUCACAAAUGCUGUCGAGAUAUAUGAUAGCUUGAGUGGUAUAGUCCAUUUCAUGGCAUCAAAUAAUGAUUGUGGCAUACGAGAAUUUGACAUGGAGAAAUUUCAGCUUUUGAAUCACUUCCGCUUCCCUUGGCCAGUGAAUCACACAUCCAUGAGUCCUGAUCGCAAGCUUAUCAUGGUUGUGGGAGAUCACCUUGAUGCAGUGCUUAUCGAUUCGCAAGAUGGAAAGAAAGUGUCAACAUUGACUGGUCACCUAGACUACUCGUUUGCUUCUGCAUGGCAUCCAGAUGGCCACACUUUUGCCACUGGGAAUCAAGACAAGACAUGUCGAGUAUGGGAUCUUAGAAACCCGUCAACGCCUGUUGCAGUUCUCAAAGGAAACCUGGGUGCUGUGAGGUCAAUCCAUUUCUCCUCCAACGGAGAGUUCAUGGCCGUCGCCGAGCCUGCAGAUUUUGUCCACAUCUAUAGCACAAAAGCGGAUUACAAGAAACGGCAAGAGAUUGAUUUUUUCGGGGAGAUAUCUGGUGUAUCACUGAGUCCUGAUGAUGAGUCUCUUUUCAUAGGUGUAUGGGACAGGACAUAUGCAAGCUUGCUUCAGUACAGCAAAAGACAUUCAUAUGGCUAUUUGGAUUCCUAUGUGUGAUACAUCUUCGACCAAGACUCGAUCCCUGUGGUAGCAGUGCCCGCAGAAAGUAGGUAUCGGUGGUGGUUCUGACCACAUGUUGAUUCUAGCUGGUCAAGACUCAUCAAGAUGGCUCUAGGGAGAAUCGAGUGGCAUAAAUAUUAUUGCAUAUACAUGUACAGGGAAGACACCUGUGUUUAGCCGAGCUAGAUAUCAUUUCAAGCUGUUAUUAAUUGUUGUAAUGGGAAAGGGAACUGCGUAGUCCUGUUGCAUUUUCAAGUUAUAAUUCUUUUAGCUCUGUUGGUUCCUUCUCUUAUUUCUUGUAAAGGAUUCUGAAGUUUUUGAGUUCACAAAUAAACAUUUGAUGAAAUACUGUUCUACCAGAA